AGAGGUGAAACGAACGGGGAGCGAAGACGAGGGAGCUGGUGGAAGGAGGCGUGUGUGUCCUCGCCCAUCGUGUGUGGGGGUUAAAUAACUGGUGCCCGGCGGGCUGCAGGCGGCACUCUGCCUCCGCAGUCCCUGCUGGCCGGGGAGGGAGACAGAUCAAACAGCCGCCGCCCCUGCUCAGCAUCGCACCCGCUCCUCUGCCAGCUGGGCCCUGGCUCCGCGCCUGCCGCUGCCGCAGUCAGCCGGACCCGCCUUCGCCUCCCCAGUCAGCGACGCACAAGGGGCCGGAGAGCGAGCGGCGGCGGCGGCGGCAGCUCCAGCGCCUCAGCGGCCCCCCGGCUUUCUCCCCUCCCCCCUUCACCCCGCCAGCGCCUGCGGAGCGGGGCCCCGGGCUCGCGCUGACAGCGGCGACACCGAGGAUGGCGCGAGGCGGCGGUUGCUUGGGGCAACCCCGGCGGCUGCUGCUGCUGCUGCUGGGCGGCCUCCUGUGCCUGCACGGCGGGGCUCCGCUGGCGGCCGCCCCGCAGGGCCGCGCUGGGCGGGGGCAGCCGCCCGCCCCGUGCCAGGCGCCGCGGCAGUGGGAAGGGCGCACGGUGGCCUACGACCACAGCAGCGGCAGGAACACCAGGGCGGCGGUGUCCUACGACGGCCCCAACCAGCGCCUCCGGCUCCUGGAGGAGAGAAAGGGGCUCAUCCCCUGCAAGAAAUUCUUUGAAUAUAUAUUUCUCUAUAAAGAUGCAGUGAUGUUUCAGAUUGAACAAGUCACAAAGCUGUGCUCAAAGAUUGCUUUGACUGAGCCUUGGGAUCCUUAUGAUAUUCCUGACAACUCCACUUAUGAAGAUCAGUACUACAUCGGGGGGCCUGGAGAUGAAAUUAUGGUACAGGAAUGGUCUGAUAGAAAACCAGCCAGGAAAUUUGAGUCCUGGGUUGGCGUUUACACAGUCAAGGACUGUUACCCAGUGCAAGAAACCUACACCAAGAACUACAGCGUGACAACCUCCACCCGCUUUUUUGAUCUACAGCUGGGUAUUACUGACCCCUCUGUGUUUACCCCACCCAGCACCUGCCAGGAAGCCCAGCCGAUAAAGAUGAAAGUUGAAUGCUGAUUAUGGACAAUGGGUUGCCACAUGCAAACAAUAAUGACAUGGAGGAUAAUUAUUAAUAAUCAGCAACUGAUAUGUAACCUGAUUUUCAACCUGAUUUUUGUCUUUUUGGAAUUGUGAGUUUUCAUUUGAAAGGGAACACAAUAUUUAGUUGAACAGGAAGGUAAGAUGUGUAGCAAAAAGGAUAUCUUUAUUUCAGUGUUUCACUAAAUUAAACUCUGUUCAACGAUGCACUUGGUGUGUUUGUUACUGAUGAAGUAAUGUUUAUAGGCACUAUUUUAGCUGUGAAUAUUUUUUGAAAGUUUCAUUAUUUAAUAUUUCAAAAUGUCAACACAAAAGUAUAUUGGGUUCCUAUUAACAUAAAAGAAAAGUUGGAUAUCGUUUAUUACUUCUGGAGGGAUUUAUGGGGUUGAUAAAAUAUAUUCUGUGUAAGAGCUCAACUGUAACCAUAAAAUGGCAUAGUUUAAGCAGACUAUGUCAGAGUGAUUAAAUGCAUUCUCUUGGGGUUUUUUAUCCUUGCUCCUCAAAAAGCUUUCAGUCAAGUGAAUGGGGGUUUGAGGUUGUUGGGCUAUUUGCAAAGAAACCAGAGUGACUAUUCAUAUAAUACUACGUGACUGAUGUAAUACUUUAAUGGGGGGAAAAUAAAAAAUUAAGCCAAAGGUUUUUUUUCUUGCAUUUGCUAAUCUUUCCCUGAAGCCUUUCUACAGAGUCUGAUUAGACAUAUUUCUGUUUUAUUCAUUUCUUAUUCAUGCUUUUGUCAAGGCAUUUUUGCUUUUAAUCUAUGCAAGGAAAUGAAUAGAUACUGCAUGUGACUUGCUAUAAUUGUCCUAUUUUCAAAAAUCUUUCUUUUUUCAGAGAGUGUGAGAAAGGCCUUUACAAUUUCAGGUAGAAGUAAAAAGCAUCUGCUCCUGUUACCUAGAUUAAUGCACAUACAGCUCCUCACGUUGGAAUUCUAACGAAAGACCUAAAUGUGUGACAAAAGGGAAAAUGGUAUUUUAAAGGCCUUUUGCAUGGUAUGAUUACAAUGCACUAUGAUCCAAACACGAAUGACAAUCCUGCUUUUGUUUGCACCCAUUCCUUUGAUCACUGAACAUGUUCAUUGUUAAAUCAGCAUUUUAAAACAUUAUCAUCCACAUACAGCUAUUUGCUGGUGGAAGGAAUGAGAGCUUAGUUAUAAAUAAAUAAAUCAAUAAGCAAACAAAAACCAAAAAGCCCCAGGUAAUGUACAUUUUUAGCAGUAUAAGCAGUACAGGACAUUCAAGUGAUAUGGACUAUAUAACUGUCCCAUCUUAGUGUUUCUGAAAUUAUAGUAAAUGCUUUCAUCUUCCAUAAGUCUAGCAUUUUAUUUCAGUUGUUACUUGAUAAUAUAUGUGGGGCCAGAUUCUGAUCCCGAGUCAUGUUGUGUAGUACUUUACUUCAUGAGUAGUGCUGACGUCAACGGGACAACUUGUAGAGGAAGGUGCUAUUCAGCAUCAGUAAGGGGAUCACAUUCUGGCCCUUAAAGAUAGUUGUUUGAAAAUAUCCCACAAGACUGCCUCUUCUAGGACAGUCUUCAUAAAGAGAAAAUGAUGUAGGGUUACAGUGAUGGUGGAGGAUUACAUACGAUGUAUAAUUUACUCACCAGUAGUACCUUAGUUAACAAAAACCAAAGGCCAGAAUCACCUUUGGAAGAGAGUGGACCUAGGUACAUUAUUAGUUUCUCUACACCUUACUAGCGUUUAUCACUUAGACACUGUGCCACAGAGUCACGGUAUUUUCCUUUCAGAGCUGGAGUCAUGAAGGAAUUUUCUUUAGUGGAGCCCUUCCUGCAAGUAUACCUAUGAACUAGCUGAAAUAUAACUAAUUAAUGAUAUUUUCCCAAACAUUAAAAGUUUAUUGAGAUGUGCUAGUGGAAAUAGAAUUGGAUUUCCUAUCAAUUUAGUAUGCACUUAGUCUGUGAUUCCUCUGUAAUUUUGUAACAACUUAAAUACUAAUUGCAUAUUGUUUUCAUUAGGGCUUCUUGUUGAAAGCUGAAAAAUAUAAUAAACUUAGCUAGCAAACAUGGAAGUGUGACUCCACAUCAUUAGGAAUGACUUUCUUGUGGUUUAACAGAUAACUAUGUAUUCUCUCUGUGUGCGGGUGUAAUACCAUGUCUAUAAUUAUAUUGGUUCUAACAAUAUUAGAUGGUCUUUUAACAUUCAUUCGCAGAAGUCUGUAAUACAAAGUGCUUUUUAAAAUGUUGCAGUGACAUCCAAGUUAAUUUUCAACGGCAAAAUAUAUACGGUUUAAAACUGCUGGUUUUGAAUUUUUUAGUUCUGCUCUAUAUAUUCAAUAAAGGGACUUGUUAAAG